GGUUUGCUGUGCGAGCAGACAGGCCACUGUAAUUCAUGUAGCCAUUAGCUUGAGGGGGGUUCGCACAGCCACCGUCAGCCUCAAACCGAACCCUUCCUGCAAAGCGUGGAGCGACAGCAGAACCUGAAAACUCUGCGGCUCGGGACCCAAUCCGGGACGCUCGCUAUACGAUCCAAUACAUCUGAGUGGUUUUUGAGAUUAAUUAAUGACAUUUCUGGCAGCUUGAAGACUUUAAUCAACGUUGCACUUUUGUUAAACUUCCAACAUUUUUGAUUCCCCCCCCCCUUCCCUCCCACCCCCGCCUCUAUCGAGAUGUGGUGGAUGCUGUUUCCCCGAUGGAUUUGGUUUGUUCUUGGACAUUCCUGGACUGUACUCCUGCAUGCGAACUGCCGGGUGACAGCGAUGCCUAUGAUGUCCGCGGCGAAGGUGGUGUACUCUCACGCAGGUCUGUGUCCCAAUGACCUGAACCCCAACCUUUGGGUGGACGCGAUGAGCACCUGCAUGCGGGAGUGUGAGUCCGACCAGGACUGUGAGCCAUUCGAGAAGUGCUGCCCUAACGUUUGCGGCAACAAGAGCUGUGUGGCGGCACGCUAUAUAGACGUCAAGGGCAACAAGGGCCCCAUUGGCAUGCCAAAGGGCGCCACCUGCGACAAGUUCAUGUGCACCCAGCAAGGCUCCGAGUGCGACAUCUGGGACGGCCAGCCUGUUUGUAAGUGCAGAGACCGCUGUGAGCGGGAGCCCCACUUCACGUGUGCGUCUGACGGCAUGACUUAUUAUAACAAGUGCUACAUGGACGCAGAGGCCUGCUCCAAGGGUGUCUCAAUCACUGAGGUCACCUGCAGGUAUCACCUGUCCUGGCCAAACACAAGUCCAAUCCCCGUGGAGACCACAUUACAUCCCACUACCGCCCUUCAGACCACCAUCCCAACUGACAUUCAGCUUCCUGCCAUACACAACUCACCCAUCAAACAGAUUGUGUUUGUGGGUGAGACGGCCAGCUUCUUGUGCGAGGCGUCAGGGAAGCCACAGCCAGAAAUCACCUGGGAGAAACAACUGAAAGGCAAGGAUAAUGUGAUAAUGAGACCCAAUCACGUACAAGGUAACGUUGUGGUGACCAACAUUGGCCAGCUGGUCAUCUACAACACCCAACUUCAAGAUGCCGGAAUCUACACAUGCACAGCGAGAAACGUCGGGGGAAGCGUGUCGUCACACUUCCCCCUGGCCGUGAUCAAGAAAGAACCGAGAGGCAAAAGUGCGGAGGGGAACAACACCAACCUCCCGUUCCCAGCAGCCGAAUGCCUCAAGAGUCCCGACACAGACGACUGUGGAGAGGAAAGCAUCAGCUGGUACUACGAGCCAAAGAGGAACAACUGCUUCACCUUUACCUACAGCCAGUGCAAUAAAAACCUAAACCACUUUGACACCUAUGAAGCGUGCAUGCUGUCUUGUGGGGGGGAGCUGGCGGCCCCCUGCAGCCUACCAAGCCUACAGGGUCCUUGCAAGGCAUAUGAGCCUCGCUGGGCGUACAGCAGCACCCUGAAAAAGUGCCAGUCCUUUGUUUAUGGAGGCUGUGGCGGCAACGAGAACAACUUUGAAUCUAAAGAGGCCUGCGAAGAGAUGUGUCCCUUUCCGAAGAACCACAACUGCAAAGUGUGCAAGCCUCGAGGCAAAAUGGUCUCCAGCUUCUGCAAGAGUGACUUUGUGAUCCUUGGGCGCAUGACCGAGCUGACAGAAGAGCAAGAGUCAGGGCAUGCAUUGGUGACCGUGGAGGAGAUCUUGAAGGAUGAGAAGAUGGGUCUAAGGUUCUUUGGCAAGGAACCUCUGGAAGUCACCCUUCUGAACAUCGACUGGAACUGCCCCUGCCCUAACAUCACCAUAUCCGACGGACAGCUGAUCAUUAUGGGGGACGUGCACAACGGGAUGGCCGUCCUGCAGCCCGACAGUUUUGUUGGCUCCUCCAGCACUCGCAGAAUCCGAAAGCUGCGCGAGGUUGUCCAGAAGAAAACCUGCGAUUUCCUCAAAGAUUUCUCUUCAACCUAAUAUCAUGCCAGCAAUACAGCUCCUUUGUGUUUGUUUUCAGAUUGCUUUAAACUCCUGUGACCUCAACAGUCUGUCUGACAGCCAGUUUUUUUUUAUUUUCCCGCCUUGUUCCUACUCUUCUCAAAAGAUCUUAGAAAACUGUUUUCAAAAUGUAUUUACUCUGAGAAAAAUAUUUAAUAUUUUACCCUAACAAAUCAUAUAUUUUAUGCACUAACAUUAUUCAGUUAGUACUAUUUUCAUACAAUUAUUAUAUGCCUUUUGUUUUGAUGGGUGUUUUGUACUGUUCGUACUGUGUGUCAGCUGUCUUUAGCUCUUAAAGGGAUAGCUUGGGUGCUCAGGAGAUUUUAAGAGGAGUGAUGAUCUUACCUGCUGUAGAUAAAUACGGUUUGAGAAUUAAUUAUAUAAUAUUUUUACAAAUUGCUAGCAAAUUUGUGAGACUAGAAUUUCAUUCAAUAUGAGGGAGUUCAGAAAGGCAAGAUAAUUACUGCUCCUAACUUCUUCACCAAAUGGACUAAAUAUUAACUUAAAGGGAAUGUCAAGUAGUUUUGAAGUGAGGUCUUGAUAAAAAAAAAAGAAAAAGUCAUAAGUAAUUAAUAUCUUAUAUUCAGUAGAUCGCUCAAUAUAUGCCUUCACUUGGUAGAAAACUUGAUUAGUUAAGCCUGAAGGCUAAAGCUAAUGCUAGUCUGAGAAAGGCUAACACCAACCUGGACUUCUACUGCCUUAAAGCAAUUCUGAUGUAAAAUUAUAGAAGAAUCGCUGCAGUUUAUGUAAGCACUACUUAGUUAACCUUUAAUUCAUAUCCACAUUUGUAUUGGUCAGAAACCCUUACCUUCAUUCUGCCUAGUUAGCCUCAGAGGCCGAAUACAUCAGCUCAUUCAAAAGCAUUGUUGCCGUUUAUGCUACUCUAUAACACGAGUAGUUAAAUUAUGGAAUAGUGUAGCAGUAUAAAGUUGAAUAGAAAUAGCUCUCAUUUAAACUGUCUAUUACGUACCUGAUAGUGACUUAAAGGUACAGCAGUCACUGUAAGCACGCGCUCCUUUUUAUUGAGUCUGUGACCUGAGUUGUUUUACGCUGGUAGAAGUCCAUGUUUUUUGGGGGCCCAUUUGGGACUAAAUAUCAUUUGCUCAGCCUCUGGAGUCAACUAAUCCGGAGCUUACACAAACUGAAGAUGUCAGAGGAGCUUAUAAUGCAGAUAAAUUGUUUACUUUUUAUAACUGCUUAACAGAACCUCGCAUUAAAAUUCCUUAGCUACCCCUUUGAGAUCACAAUAAUGCAAUACAAAGCCUCAGUUUGUCUGCCAGAAACAAAUAAGCUCUUGGGUUCCAUUUUUUUGUGGAAUCACUGUGUUUCAUUUACAACACUGAAUAUGUUUAUGGACUUGUUUAUGUCAUAUUUAUUUUUCUUUAUCUCUAUCUUAGGACCUUGUUAAAUGGAUAUAUGCAGUACAGAUGAAUAUGAAUCUAAUUACUUACAGAGCAUUUUUUUUUGUCCUUUAUAGCCAAUAUUAGUAAAUAAAUAAAGAUGAUUUCUGAAUUUA